AUGGCUCAAGCAGCAUAUAUCUCCCGGUUGGCCCGCUCGACUUUCCUCGAGGUGAUGUACGAGGACUACAUCCGGACGGCGCGGGCCAAGGGGUUGAAGGAGAGGGUGAUCCUGUACCGGCACACCUUCCGCAACGCGAUACUGCCGCUGGUCACCCUGUCCGGCAUCCUGCUGGGGUUCGCACUGGCCGGGUCGGUGGUAAUCGAGUCGGUCUUCGGAGUCAAGGGACUGGGCGCAGUCCUCAUCGGGGCCAUCAGCGAACGGGACCACAUCGUGAUUCAGAACCUGGUUCUGUUCUAUGGCUGA